AUGAGGCUGACCUCUCGUGCAGGACUCAUCAUUACUGUUUCUGUGAUUGUAGCAGCUGGAAUUGCCGUAUGCGAGUCUCCAAAGUUUCAGCAAUGGGUGACCACCUCGCGGCGCAAGAUCGCUUUGGCUCUGCACAACCUCGGCGAUGAGAUGCAACCCCAAGACAUAGCGUUGAGACAAGACAUUUCUAUGACCGAGGAGACUGGAGAAAUUGCCGAAGAACGCAGACGGAUUGCUCGCGCGGAGAUCAUGCGGCGAAAAACGCUCCUUGAAUCGCGACGAAAGACCAGCCAGCCAGGCCAGUCUCAUAAGAGCUUUGAUACUCUCGUUGAUAACGAAGGCAACCUGCUAAAACCGAAAGACCUUGAAUACGAUGUCCAGCCCAAUGAAGAAUCUACUGCUAACUCAACGGGGGUUGAUUUGGAAACUUUGGAGCCUCUCCGCCGAGGUGCCAAACAAAUCGAGGCCGAGCCUUCGACUACGCUGGGUCGGAAUCAGCUGCAUGUCGACAUCCCCUCGUCUACUCUCUCAAUUCAUUCCUCGGAAUCCAUUGUUCCGUUCACGCCCGGGCCUGAAACACCUGAACGGGGUAGCCUCUUUGAUCCAUUCUCUCCCAACUCCCCGUUGUCUGUAUCUGGUUCCAGCCAUACAGAAGACCCACAGCAAGUAUUUUUUUUCGCACCCUGA